GUGAAAUUUCCAUCGUACACUGAGACAGGGCGUAAAAAAAUGGAUGUAAGAAUAUCCUUUAUUUUUCCUUGCUUGACUAUUCGUUUGUCGAUUAGUUAACCGCGUAUCAUACUCUUCCAUUAACUCUGAUUUAUGAGUUUAUAUUAGACGUCUUUAGUUUAAUAAACCAAAAUAAUGAUUUUUUUUAUUUUAUUUGUUAUCCCUGUUCUUUCCAUCUUACUCUUUCUGCUGUAUUUCUUUAUCGUUUUCUCUUCUUAUUUUUCUUACUUUCUUACAUUGAAUAUGAUGGGCAUCCCUUUACACGUCAACAGAAAUGAGAAUGAUAGUAGCAUCAAUAGAAAGCCUACGCAAAUAAAUCAGACGAGAUUGGCCGCUGUUUCUAAUUACAAAUUGGCACAACUGACAUUUUCACCGCCCAAAGAUUUUACACUAAGAAAAACAGCAUUGGUUAAGAAUUUGGUGGAAAUUGUCUAUCAACAUACAUUAAAUGAUUAUCUGACAAAGCCUAUGACGCGAUGGACUUUUUUCACACCAGAAUCUUUAGAAGACAUGACUCAAAAAGAUGUGGAGAAAGUCAUUUACCGUUAUACACAAAUCAUUCACAAUACAGCUGUAGCUUUUGAAAAGAAGCACAUAAAAAAAGAGCAGCAAUUUUUAUUAACAGACUUUCCGGAGAAACAACAACUGUUGCUGGAACAGCAAGUACACGAACAGGAGCAGCUCGUAAAUGCACUUAUGGAGGCUAACGGCAACGAUGACGAAGAAAAGGUUUUGCAAUCCUAUUAUUCAACUCUGUUUCUACAGCCAAAUUCUAUAUUUUCGAACGAAUCGCUUGAGCAGGAUUGCUCGCUCCACAGUUUACAACAAGGCGACUAUGACGACGAAACAGACUCCUCAUUUGAUAGUGAAAAAGAAUCAGCCACCAGUGAUGUUAAAAAAGAAUCUCGAACAACUCUGAGUGAGGCGUUUAAAGAAGAUAACAAGCAUAAUAUUAAUGAAAUGUUUACUUCUCCCACACAUAAUUUUGGAAGUUUGAUUAUUACGUCCACCAACCCCAGCAGUAUUGAAACGAACACGACUUCUAACAACACAUCUGCAACCGGUAACAGACUGAGCUGGCUUAGUGAUACCGGUGUACCCGACCUGAGGCGAUUUGAAGGCAACAACAGCAGUACAACAAGCUUAAAUCAAGUCUAUAAUAUGAAUGAUUUCAGUGAUGAUAUUGAAGGUGAAGAAGACACCGACGAUCAGUUUGCUCAGCAAAUAAUACAAGGAAGUGAACAUGUCCCUUUGUUUGAGCAGCAGCCACUACAUAAUACUGAAUAUAUGCCGGAUCAAGAAAGAGAUCGCAAGAGCCCUGAAAAGAGUAGAGCAUCAAUUUUACGGGAACUAUUUGAGGAUAGUCCCAUAACACAUCAUUAUAUUGCUGAAAAUGAGAAGAAGAAGCAACAGCAACAGCAACAGCAAUCAUCAAAGAAAGUCGUUGCAGUGCCAACUUUAAAACAUUUGGCACAAAAGCCACAAC